AUGACGACCAAUCUCCCGUCAAGCUUCGCGUCCGCAGCCGCAGGCCAAAAUGCCAAUCGCGAUUCUCGGGGUGCCAGAGCUGAUGGACGGGGUGCUGAAUGGUCUCGGCGAGACGGACGAUCGAGUAAUGGCACUCUUACCCUCCGUCGGCCCUCAGCCGCUCCUCAAAACCAAGCUUCCCAGCCCGCUACCGCGCUAGAGAAUUCGAUCCAGUCCUCAACCGACCCAUCUCUUAGUAUUGCGGCUGCCUCUGCGCCUCUACAUGCGGACAUUGCGGCUGCAAGGUAUUCGAAAGAACAACUAUUGGAGCUGUACAGAGAACGCUACGCCCAUACAGCACCGGACAAUAUCUCGCACCUUUACGUCGACGGCUGGAAUCCGGGUGCUAGCCAAGUAAACGGUCAUUCAUCACGCAGCUGGGGCAAGCCGCAAGAAACCCAACCCUCUCAGGACUCGGACCUUUGUUGGUAUAAUACGGCUGAUAUGAAGCCCUUGGCAUUCCAGGACAUGUCGUCAGAGGAGAAGGAGAUGUUCCAAUCCGACGUCAACUCUCUGAUGAAGCCACCUCCACAGAACAAGGAGGGGAAUCAGGCUCCUGGGCCUAAUGGUCGUAAGGCAUCCGUGUCACAAGGCACUGGGCACCCAUAUAACCUUACAUCUCCGACUUCCGCACGACCGGGAAACCGUCGCCGAGAGUCGGUGGAACCAAGCCCGUUUUCACCCGCCCUUGCCUCACCUACUGGUGUCAACCGAUACACGAGGGAUGAGAAUUCCCCUGGUUUAUCUGUGGCAAACCCGCAACCACCGUCGGCUGGAGCUGGUGCUUCGGGUAUCGGAACCUUUGGCAAUUUUGCCCUGCCCGCGCCUUCGUCUAAACCUUUCAGCAACACGCGCGGUGAAAGCCGCCUUGCUCACCUUAUUCCCAAGGACAGCUCCGAAAACAUUGCCGCCAAGGCCAGCGAGCCGGCUAACCCCGACAUCAACCGAUCCUGGCGAUCCCGACCGCGAACCGAUACCGAUCCCUUUGGAGACGAUAACAUGAGCGGGAGUGGCUUGAUCGGCUCCGCCCGAGGCGAGACCCCACCCGUGUCAAAGCAGGCCGCCGACCAAGGCCAAGUGUCCUUUGAUGCCAUGGCUCAGGGAACCCUUAACGACCUCGGUCUUGCCGGACUGCAGCUGGGCGAGCAGGGCGAUGCGCCACUUAGUCCGUCGCAUACCAAUCCCUAUCGCAGUCCGCCCGCCGAGCGUGUCGAAAACGAAGAUCACGAACAGUCCGAGUUUGAUAACUUGCGCGGUGGUGGCGCCGAGCCCACCCAUGGGUUCGGAGCUGCAGGCGCCCGAGGCUAUCCCACCAACGCGUUCGAUGGCAGCGAUAGAAGCCAGACUAGUAGUGCCGGUGCCCGCUACCCGACCUUGAGUUCGCUUGGCGGAUGGCCGGCUCCUGGCGCUGUUUCUGGCACGCCCGAUCGCGAACGUCCUGCCUUUGGAUCCGCGUUCGGAAAUGCUCUGUUCAGCCCCGUAGGUGAGGUGCCCACGGGUGGCCUGGCUGCGCUCGGCGGUGUCUUUGGGGCUCCUAGCACUGGCUCCAUUGGCCAUGGCCGUGGGAGCAAGCUUGGCUCUCUCUUCCCGCCUACCAUGCAGGCUCAGAUGCAGGGCCAGCAAGAUCAUGAUGCCCUAGGCGACCAUGAUCUUCGACAAAACAAUCCCCUCGGAGCUAUUGGUCGUGGUGCUAUCCCUAGCGCGGGCCGUGAUGUAGAUGGCCAGCCCCGCCCCGGCCAGGUCAUGUUCGAUGACGCAUUCGGUGCAGGACCAUCCCGGGCCAUUUUCACCUCGGCGGAUAUGCAGGCCGGUCUUACCAGCGCUGUUCCUUUUGCCGGUGGACAAGUCCCUACCGAUGGUCCUGGCGCGCAAGUCCGGCAGAUGGUGAUGCCUGAUCGCAUGCGAUGGGUGUAUCUGGAUCCCCAGGGCCACGUGCAAGGGCCUUUUACCGGGCUGGAGAUGAAUGAUUGGUACAAGGCCAACUUUUUCACUCCUGACCUGCGAGUAAAGAAGAUUGAAGACCCGGACUUUGAGCCUCUUGGCCAGCUCAUCCGCCGCAUUGGGAAUUCGCGCGAGCCUUUCCUUGUUCCCCAGAUCGGCAACAGCGGCGUGAUUCCACCCCUUAGCGGGGUCUUCCCUAGCUAUGGCAGGACACUCACGGCUGAAGAGCAAAACAAUUUGGAGCGACGCAAGCAGGAGGAGCAAUUCCUCAUGGCCCAGCAGCGUGAGUUUAUGCUUCGCCAGCAGGCUCUUACUAAGUUCCAGAUUCCUGGCGCCGCUGGGGCCAUUCCUGGAGCUCUCCAUCACCACUCGAGCGCCCACAGCCUUCAGAGCCAACCCAGCUUUGGAAAUAUCGCGUCGCCUCUUGCCGGGCCCGGCGGCCAAGGCGCCAUUGGCCAGAACCAGGGCCCCGGUGCCCCAGGUGGCCUUUUGACCCCAGCCUCGGUCACCUUGGGCCCCACAGGCGCCCCCGGACCCUUUCAGCAAUCCCGUUCCGGUUCCCAAGAUGAUGGCGGUGCUAGUCUUCGAGGCCAACUGCCCUCUACCGAACAGCUUCUCCAGGACCCCCAGGGUUUUCGAGAACGCUUGAUGGAAUUCGAGCAGCUGCAGCGCGAGAAGGAGGAGGCCGCCACGGCUGAAGCCUCUGUCGCCAGCCCCGAGUACGAAGCUCCUGCUGAGCUGGCCGCUUCACCAGACCCCAUCUCCGCCCCUGCUCCCGCGAGGGACAGCGAUCGAAAGGCCCGGCACUCCGAGGAGGCUCGAGCCGCCUCUGCCAGGGCUGCUCAGGCUCAAGCCCUAGCCCAGGCUCAGGCCCAGGCCUCCGCCGCCGCCGCUGCCGCCUCGGCUGCCGCAUCCGGAAUGCCCAUGCCCUUCCCACCUCCCGAGCCCCUCCCCGAAGAGGAGAGUCCCGACAAUGACAACCAGCACAAGGGACCAAGCCUCAAGGAGAUUCAGGAGGCCGAGGCCCGCAAGGCUGCUAGAGCCGAGCAGGCGGCCCAGGCAGCCCGCCGCGCCGUACUUGAGCAGGAGGCUGCCGAACUUCGCGAGAAGGAGAGAGUUGCUUCCGCCAUCCUUCCUGGGCUACCUACAUCUAGCACCUGGGGUCAGCAAUCUCCCGUAAAUGCCACCAGCCCCUGGACUAAGCCGGUCGGGGUCAAGCCUCCUUCUGGUGCACUUUCUGCUGCUGAGAAGAAGCGCAAGACGCUAGCGGACAUUCAGCGCGAGGAAGAGGCGCGCAAGGCCAAGGCCAAGGAAACGGCCAUUCAGUCGGGUGCCAGCCUGACUGGCGCCGGCAAGCGAUACGCAGAUCUGGCCAGCAAGCCCAACCCGGUGGCCCUUCAGCACGGUGCUCCCGCUGUUGCUGUCCUCGCCCCUCCUCCUGGUGCCGGUUGGGCUACCGUCGGAGCUGGUGGCAAGGUCAAGACACCUACUGGCCCGGCCCCGAUUCAGCAGCGAUCUGCCAGUGUCAAUGCCGUGAAGCAAGCUCCAGCUGUCAAGGCCGCUCCCAAGCCCGUUGCUCCCAUCGGUGCUCCCAAGGAUAACGCGACCUUGGCCAUGGAUGAGUUCAAGAAGUGGCUGCACGCCACUCUGUCCCGUGGCAUCACGGGUGUCGCUAACAUCGACGACUUUGCUGCCACGCUCACCCUCCUCCCUCUCGAUGCUGAGAUGAUUUCGGACGCUGUGUACGCCAACUCGACAACGAUGAAUGGACAGCACUUUGCCGACGAAUUUAUCCGACGCAAGAGACUCGCAGACAAGGGUGUGAUUGAGAAGCAGUCCUCUGCGGAUGGUGGCAAGGCCGGAGCCUCGUCGGGCGCAGGUGGCUGGAGUGAGGUAGCCAAGAAGGGCGGCCACGGAACGGCAUCCGCCAAGGAUCAGGGGUCCUCGGAAGCCAUCAUGGGCGGCGCCGGCUUCAAGGUUGUUCCCGGACGCAAGAAGGGUGGCAAGAAAUGA